AAUCGAGAUGUGUUUUUGGAGCAUUUGCUACCGGCAGAUGUGCACCCACAGUGUAUGUCCCUUGCUAUUAAGAGCCUGAGACCACAAACAAGAAGUCUAACAACAGAGCUCGAUCCACACAAACCACAGCAACCUGAUCGCCAUGGGCGGCCUCUCCAUGGACCAAUCCUUCGUGCAGGCCCCCGAGCACCGCCCCAAGCCCACCGUCACCGAGGCCGCCGGCAUCCCGCUCAUCGACCUCUCGCCCCUGGCCUCCGGCGACGCCGCCGCCGUGGACGCGCUGGCCGCCGAGGUGGGCGCGGCGAGCCGGGAGUGGGGCUUCUUCCUGGUCGUGGGCCACGGCGUGCCGGCGGGGACCGUGGCGCGCGCGACGGAGGCGCAGUGCGCGUUCUUCGCGCUCCCGGCCGAGCGGAAGGCCGCCGUGCGCAGGAGCGAGGCGGCGCCGCUCGGGUACUACGAGUCGGAGCACACCAAGAACGUCAGGGACUGGAAGGAGGUGUUCGACCUCGUCGCGCACGAGCCACCGCCGCCGGCAGCCGUGGCCGCCGGCGAGGUCGUGUAUGAGAACAAGUGGCCCGAGGACCUGCCAGGCUUCAGAGAGGCGCUGGAGGAGUACAUGAAAGCGCUGGAGGAGCUGGCGUUCAAGCUGCUGGAGCUGCUCGCCCGGAGCCUAAACCUGAGGCCCGACCGGCUGCACGGCUUCUUCGAGCACCCCACCACGUUCUUCCGGCUCAACCACUACCCUCCCUGCCCGAGCCCGGACCUCGCGCUCGGCGUGGGCCGGCACAAGGACCCCGGGGCGCUGACCAUCCUGUACCAGGACGACGUCGGCGGGCUCGACGUCCGCCGGCGCUCCGACGGCGAGUGGGCCCGCGUCAAGUUCGUCCCGGACUCCUUCAUCAUCAACGUCGGCGACACCGUGCAGGUGUGGAGCAACGACCGGUACGAGAGCGCGGAGCACAGGGUGUCGGUGAACCGGGAGAAGGCGCGGUUCUCCAUGCCCUACUUCUUCAACCCGGCGACCGACGCCGUGGUGGAGCCGCUGGAGGAGCUGGUCGGCGAGGAGGACCCGCCCAGGUACAGCGCCUACAGCUGGGGCGACUUCUUCCGCACCAAGCUCAGCGGCAACUACAAGAAGCUGGAGGUGGAGAACCUCCAGAUCGAGCAUUUCAGGAAGGGACUCGAAGUGUAGCAGGAAUGCAGGAUACGGUGUGACGGACCCGUGCGUGCCCCGGCGAAGGCGUCCCGGCCGCUGUCGUCACUCCUGAGAAACGAGACGAGACGAGACGAUCAUCGUGCCGCCAUGUGCCCAUUCCUGGUAGUACAAGAUAUUUUCUGUAAACAAACAAGACACGUGCCGAAAUCGCGGUGGCUAAAAAAUUGGUGCUUUUGUUUGUUUGUGACUAAAUUAUAUUCAGCUCGAUGAAGGGUUGUGCUCUUGUGCCCCCAACAA